CAGUGCGUUUGACACUUGCUUAUAACGCUAAAUUCAACUAUUAAUUGGAAGUAAUAUAAUUUGAAACAAAUUUCCUUGCGAUAAGAGUUAUUUUAACAUUGCAGAUUAGAAUCCCUGUUGCUGACUUUGAACCGGAGUUAUUUUAGUUAUUAUUUUGUUAUUAUUGACCUUAACAAACAUUGUAUCAAGUGUAAUACGUAUUUUUUAUGUGAGUUAUGAACAUUUUUCAUACCUAAUUAUUCAGUAUGCUGUCUAAUCGUAUAAAUAAAGCCUGUAGGCUGCAAAUAGUUGUUUCAAGGUAUACCAGUACAACGCCAGACGUGAAAUCAAUACAGACUCCAAAUCCUAGUAAGAUAUCGAGUGAUAUGAUCGGUCCACCGGAUCCCGUGUCGAAUCUUAGGACUAUUAUAUUUAGGAAACCCACUAACGAAACAAACUUGGAAGAAAAGUAUAGAAAACUAAGAAUGGAAGUUCAGGAUUGGAACCAAAAGUUUUGGACUCAACACAAUUCUAGGUUCUUUAAGGAACGAGAGACAUAUUUAAAAGAAAAUUUACCAGACGGGAAGACUAAUCUUACGGCUGACGAGAUGAGUGUUUUCUACAAAGCUUUUUUAGAUAAAAACUGGAAAACACAUAUAAAUUACAACAUGGAGUGGUAUAAGAAAAAUUGUAUGUUAUUAGGACUGGCCAUACAAGUGAAGAUAAGAAAAUUAUUUAAAACAAAAACAAAGUAAUGUCAUAUCUUACACAUAGCUUCUAGUUGGCAAGAUAAUAUAAAUUACUAUGUUACAUAGUAAUGGCUACCUUUGUACAAAUGUUUUAAAAUAAUUAUGAACUGGUGCUUUGA